AUGUUAAAAACAGUCAGUGAACAAUCGCGUAGAUCCAUAAACAUAACAAAGGUCGAUUCAAAUACGCGACUUCCACAAACGAAACUACCGAAGUUUCAUGGUGGCUAUGACGAGUGGAUGCGGUUUCAUGAUUUGUUCGUCGCGAUGGUCCAGUCAAAGGAAAAUAUUUCGGGAGCUGAAAAAAUGGACUAUUUGCUUUCAUGCCUUAAAGGUAACACGUCGUCGGUCAUAAAACAUUUGUCUCACAACAAUGCAAAUUUUGACGUGGCAUGGGAUCUGUUAAAAUCGCUUUAUGAUAAACCCCAGUUUAUAACGGUUGCACACUUCGAUAAGCUUUUUGAGUUUCCAAUGCUUAAAGGCACCGGUUUAGACGAAAUAAAGUGUUUCUUUAGAACUAUAAGCGAAAACAUAAAUGCGUUGCGUGCUCUUAAAAAGCCAGUCGAAUCUUGGAAUACGCUAUUAGUGUAUGUACUCGCAAAAAAGAUGGACGAAGAAACCCGAGUUUUGUGGGUCCGAGCCACUAAAACCAAAGAAGAUCCAAGUAUCGAAGAUCUUAUUGAAUUUUUAAAGGAUCGCAUAAACGAACUCGAAAGACUUAAUUAA